AUGCCUGUGGCUCAAUGGAUUCCCAAAUCAGAACCAUUGGGUUCUCUGAACAAUGAGGAGUCACAAUCUGAUAACACCUCACCCAUACCUGAAAUGAAACCUUUGCCAAGUGAGUUAAAAUAUGCAUUUCUAGGUGAUGAGAACACACUCCCCAUAGUCAUCUCUUCAAUUUUGACAUCCCAACAGGAAAUAGCUGUUGACUAUGUGUCCAAGUGGGUAGAAGCAAUCCCAACAAGAACAAAUGAUCAUCGGGUUGUAAUGAAGUUUUUGAAAAAAAAUAUUUUUAGUAGGUUUGGAAUGCCUAGGGCCAUCAUAAGUGAUGGAGGUUCUUAUUUAUGCAACAAACCAGUGGCUGAAUUAAUGAGAAAAUAUGGAGUAGUCCAUAAGGUUGCAACCUCAUAUCACCCUCAAACCAAUGGCCAAGCUGAAUUGGCCAAUAGGGAGAUCAAAAGGAUUUUAGAGAAAACAGUCAAUUCUAACCUCAAGGAUUGGUCCUUGAGGUUGAUUGAUGCACUUUGGGCCUAUAAAACUGCAUACAAGACCAUUCUAGAUAUUCGUUGGCUGAUCGAAGCAAAAGUUCAAUUAGCUGGGAAGAGUAGUUUUGCGAAGAAACGAAGAGCUAAAAGUGUGAAUGGUUAUCACAAGUGUGCUUGUUGGACCUGUAACACUCGAUGCAAAUCUGUGGGGUUUACGUCCGUAAAUCGAGAAGAUAAAAUUAGUUUCAUAAAGGAUGGACUGGCUGCACUUUUUGGAAAAUCAUAUGUGGUAGGUGUAAUGCCAAUCCCUUUGGCUGAACCACGUAUUUCUGGGACUACACGCGGUCAACUUGUAGAAACGACUUCUAUGUCUGAGCGCAUAGCUUGUAAGAUUUAUCAGUCAAACGCCUUCAUCGGUUUACCUGGACUUUUAAAUGUUAACCAUUUUUUCGAUGGGUUGCUCUCUUUUAUUGAUCAGGCUAUGAACCAACAGUUCAUUUCUCCUUCAGCAAGAAAGAUUCUUAUUUCUGCAUCCACCAUCGAGGAGCUGCUA